GCGUCAACAGGUGCACGACUGAAGGUUGAGCCGAGGUAUAAAUGCAGCGGGGGGAACCCUGGCCUCCUCUGCAGAAACAUUGGAGACGCUUUGCAGACAUGCUGAGGUUUUUGGUUUUGACUACUCUGGCGGCCCUAGUGGUGGCCGAGCUGGAGCCCCAGCCCAGGUAUCUGGAGGACAGCCUGGAGAGGGUGGUCGGAGGUGAGGUGGCCAGACCCAACUCUUGGCCCUGGCAGAUCUCUCUCCAGUACCAGUCUGGCAGCAGGUUCUACCACACCUGCGGAGGAACCCUGAUUGAGAAAGGCUGGGUCAUGACCGCCGCUCACUGCGUGGACAGUCGCAGGACCUGGCGGGUGUUGCUGGGCGAGCACGACCUCAACAGCAACUCCGGAAGAGAGCAGGUCAUGAGCGUGAGCAAGGUUUACAUCCACCCCAGAUGGAACUCCAACAACGUGGGCGGCGGGUAUGACAUCGCCCUGCUGCGUCUGACCUCUGAGGCCACCCUCAACUCCUACGUCCAGCUGGGCUCCCUGCCUCCCUCCGGACAGAUCCUGCCCCACAACAACCGUUGCUACAUCACCGGAUGGGGACGCACCUCCACCGGAGGAAGCCUCUCCCCUCAGCUGAAGCAGGCUUACCUUCCUCUGGUCGGCCACCAGACCUGCACCAGCUCCAGUUGGUGGGGCAGCACCAUCAAGACCUCCAUGGUGUGCGCCGGCGGUGCCGCUGAGUCCGGAUGCAACGGCGACUCAGGCGGGCCUCUGAACUGCCUGGUGAACGGCAAGUACUACGUGCACGGCAUCGCCAGCUUCGUGUCCGGCAGGGGAUGCAACGCCAUCAGGAAGCCCACCGUCUUCACCCGCGUGUCCGCCUACAACGAAUGGAUGGACUCGAUCAUGAUGUAAACACACCAGUUUAAAAAAAAAAAAGACAGCAUGUGGACCAAAGCAUCGAUUAUUCGGUCCCACAAAAUAAAGUUCCUUUACUUUACUUUAAA